AGAUGCACUGACCUCACCUCAUAAAGGGCUGUCAAGCUUAUCUCUAAAGUAAUUGAAAUACGAUCGCUGGUUUCCCGCAUCUUCAUCACCAGCCUCAUCGUCAUCCUUCACUUCAUCACUCACCCAAUUUUUAUGAUUAUAGGUUGUGCGUCUCUCUGUUCCAACUUCAGGUGAACUGAUUUUAACGGCGGCUUCCGGUGAACUGACGAUUCUGUUAGACGGUAGAUAUGGGGGUGGUGAAGGCGGCAAUUGGUGAUGCGGUCGUCACUUUCAUGUGGAUAUUCUGUGCUUCCACUCUUGGCGCUGCCACUUCCAUUAUUGCCAAUAAGAUCGGCGUCGAGGGGAUGGCUUCCCUUCUAAUCACUACCUCCCUUAUAUUCCUCAUCUCCUUCUUGUUUGGAUCCAUUGCCGAUGCCUUCGGUGGCGCUAGCUUCUGUGCUACCGGUACUCUUGCUUUCUACAUCGCUGGUGCCGGUGGCGAUGAUACACUCAUGUCCACUGCCGUCCGUUUUCCUGCUCAGGCAGUUGGUGCAGUUGGUGGUCUCUUGGCUCUUUUGGAGUUGAUUCCAUUAGAAUACAAACAUAUGCUAGAAGGACCCGCUCUAAAAGUUGAUUUGCAUACCGGUGCAAUUGCUGAGGGUGUGUUGACUUUCAUUAUUACCUUUAUUGUCCUCUUGAUCAUCAUCAAGGGUCCUAAGAGCUUCUUUUUGAAGAAUUGGAUACUCUCCAUGGUGACUAUGGUAUUGAUUGUUGUUGGCUCUAGUUAUACAGGUCCUUCAAUGAAUCCUGCCAAUGCGUUUGGCUGGGCAUAUGUAAAUAAUAAACACAUUACAUGGGAACAGUUCUACGUUUACUGGAUAUGUCCAUCCUUAGGGGCAAUUUUGGCUGCAUUAUCUUACCGGUUCGUCUUCCCACCACCAGCAGCUCCAAAAAAGAAAACAGCCUGAAAACAAUGAAUGCAGCCUUACGUCGAUCGCAAGCAUGGUGAUUUGUUUCGUUUAGGCAUAAUAAUGCAUAGUUUGUGUCAGCUAGGAAUUUGGUACUUUAAGGAUGACAAUUUUUUAUUAUACAGUUACAGAAUGAAUCAGCCUACAAUUUUCUGAUAAUAAAUACCAACUUGUUUUUGGAAC